AUUCAAUCUUUUAGUCCGGAGGCAUAUUGGACCUUGUCAGUAACUGUCUGCAAGCAAGAACCCAGUGGUAGUUAUGGACAAGAGAUGAAGCUUAAUUGGGCAAGGUUUAGAGUGUUUGAUAAGCAAGUCGCAAUUCUGUUUCAGGAUAUGGUCAAAGGAUAUAAAGAGGCGAAGGUGGUUUCCGUUAUUUCGGAAAAAAAGACAAAGGCCAGACCACACGCUUUGAACACGGUAGAAUUGCUAAAGUUUGGGUCCUCCAAUCUAGGCAUCGGUCCACAUGAUACA